GCUGUCGUUCUACUGUAGAUGUUCUAAAGUUCUAAGACUCCCUUCCUCUUCACACCUCCCAUUUACAGCAGAAAAAAAACAAACGUCCAUGUCAGACAGCAGAGACAGACAGCAGGUCCAGCAGCAGCAGCGACGUCCCACCUGAAGAUCAACAUCAGGAACUUCAGCUCAUUCAGGGAAUAGUUUUUUAUUCCUCUCUGGGCUUUAGUAAAGUCUUAGAUUGGACGUUGUCCCAGCUUGACCCUCAGUCAGGGUCCUCUCUUCAUGAAUACAUGCAGAUGUUUUCAUUCACUAACAUGGCCGUGGUGAAGUGCUGCUUUAAGCCAGUGGUGAGUUCUUUGGUAAGAAUGUGGAUCAUCAGGUUUACCUUUUCCUCCCCGACUGGUUUCACUGUGGGAGGAAGUCACAUUAAACCAGCGUCUCCCGACUCUGCUCCGACACUGGACACUUUUACUCAUCCACCCACAUCUCUUCUUAUUUAUUUUCUUCAUUCUGUUUUCCUGACACGUCUCCCCGAGGCUGUCGGAUUAGAAGAUUGAAUUCCAGGCUGAAGUGAAGCUGGGGCAGUGAACGAGGAGCCGUGGACUGAAAUGGCAGUGAAUCUGAGUAAAAAUGGAGCAGCGCUCAUGGCUGCCUACAAAGAGGUGGUGGAUGGAAAGACUGACACCAACUGGGCCCUGUUCACUUAUGAAGGCAACAGCAGUGACAUCAGACUGGCAGAGACGGGAGAUGGAGGUUUGGAGGAGAUGGUGGAGGAGCUGAACACUGGUAAAGUCAUGUAUGCUUUCUGCCGUGUCAAGGACCCAAACUCUGGUCUGCCCAAAUAUGUCCUCAUCAACUGGACAGGUGAAGGUGUGAAGGACUCCAGGAAAGGAGUCUGUGCCAACCACGUCAGCUCCAUCGCUAGUUUCCUUAAGGGAGCCCAUGUGACCAUCAAUGCCCGCACAGAGGAUGAUGUGGAGCCCGAGACCAUCCUGGCAAAAGUGGCCAAAGCCUCUGGAGCCAACUUCAAUUUCCACAAAGAGAAAGAAUACAGAGAUGCCCCCAGAGGACCAGUGGGAUCAGUGUAUCGGAAGGUCAACGCUGUGGAGGAAAUUCAACAAACCAAUAAAGACGACUUCUGGUCCCAGAAUCAGAGAGAAGAAGUAGUUCGUCGACAGGAGGAGAUGAGACGAGCCGAGAUGGAGAGACAGAAGUUGGAGCAGGAGAGAAGGGACGCGGAUGAGAGGGAAGCGAAGGAGAGAGAGAGGAGGAUGAAGGAGACGGAGAGGGAGAAACAGCAACCGGGGUCAAUGUACCGCAAGGUCAACGCUGUGGAGGAAAUUCAACAGACCAACAAAGACAACUUCUGGUCCCACACUCAGGUGUGUGUUUUAUCUGAUCUUUAUCUGUUGUUGCUAAGUCCAUUCCCUGAGGAGAUGAAACAAUUGGAGCUGGAGAGACAGAGGUUGGAGCAGGAGAGAAGGGAGACCGACGAGAGGGAGGCGAAGGAGAGAGAGAAGAGGAUGAAGGAAACCGAGAGGGAGAAACAGCGACCGGGGUCAGUGUAUCGUAAAGUCAACGCUAUGGAGGAAAUUCAACAAACCAAUAAAGACGACUUCUGGGUUCAAACACAGCAAGAAGAAGAGUUACGUCGGCAGGAGGAGAUGAGACGAGUGGAGCAGGAGAGGGAAAAGGUGGAGAUGGAGAGGAGGGAGAUAGAGGAGAAGAUGACGAAGGAGAGGGAGAGGAGAGCUAAGGAGAGAGCUGAGAGGAUUGAACAGGACAGGAUUUAUCAGAAACAAAGGGAAGAGGAGGAAAGAGAGAUUGAGCAACAACGACUGAACCAGCAGGCCAAAGAAGUCAAGAAAACAGGAAUCAACUCUGCUCCGUCAGUGCAAAAAGCUAAUGAGGCCAAAUCUCUGAUUUCUCAGAGAUCAUUUAAUCCACGAGACAUUUUCAAGAAGAGGGAACAGAGCUUUGAGGCCAGUGAUGACAAAUCGACCCCUGCUUCACGCAGACCUGGAAAGCUGAGGAAUCCAUUUCAGUCUCAGAAAUCCUCAGAGAGACAAACUCCAGCAGAACAUAAUUACUCAUUCAAGAGCUCUGCUGUUAGCCCCGUCUCCCCACUGCUGCCGGACUCACCAGCUACUGCUGCCGUCUCUAUCACACCAGAACCAGAGAUCCAAACACCAGCGGCCCACCACCACGGUCAGACCCAAACACACACUCUCCAAAAAUGGUUUACAGAUUUAUCCCAGUCUGUUAGCACGGCCCCCUAUCGCCAAACACACGUUUCCUGUGAAGAUUAUUUAAACAUCAAGUCACCCAAAAACACAAAAGUUGAAGCAGAGGAAGAGUGGUCUGAUGAGUUUGAUGACGAUGCUGAUGAACCCACUCCAGACUCGUUUGGAGAAGAGGAUCUGUAUGAAGAGGCAGGGACAGCAGAUAAUCCAUCCAUGACAGGAGAGGAUCUGUAUGAAAAUGUUCAGCACUAUCAAACACCUGAAGAUACAAAUGGACAGGAUGUCAGAGCCAGAGCUCUGUACGACUACUUGGCCGCUGAUGACACUGAGAUCUCCUUUGACCCAGACGACAUCAUAAAUGGAAUAGAGAUGGUGGACGAGGGCUGGUGGAGGGGCUACGGACCCACUGGACACUACGGCCUCUUUCCUGCCAAUUACGUGGAGCUGAUUUAGCUCUGCCCUCUGUUCAGACACUUGUUUUCAAAUAACAAUCCUUAAAUCUAUGAGAUUUCUGGGUUUGACGGACAUAGCACAAGACCAACAAAUGGAUAUAUAUAAACCUCAUAUAUAUAAAAUCAAUAAACACUCACACUUUGUAAGUAACUCAGUGUGAUUCCAUGUAAACCUAAACGGAAAUAAAUAUUCUGAAGGAAAUAAAGGUAACUUUUUCUCCAUUAUCCCCGAAUCACGUAAUCAUUGGAAAAGUUUGGAGACUACAUGUAUUUACUGAGACAAAAUAUUCAGAUGUAAAUUUAUAUUAAAAAACAAACAACGUUAAAAAUAAACAUGAAUGUACUAGUUUUUGUUUUGGGAGAAUAUGGUAUAUGAUGACAACAGUAAUCUGCUCUUUAAAUCACAAAAUACAACGUUCUUUCGUUAAAGUUUAUACUGACUGAACUAAACACGUAAUCACUGCCACAUACUCCCAUGUAUG